UGGCUAGCUUAUUGUUGGCUGACUCUACUCCGGCCCAUUAUUUGUAGGAAUGGACAUGGCCGACUGUGCAAGAUUUUAUAGCACUUUAUUUUACAGAAUUUACUCAUAUCCUGAUAGUACCUGAGGCUGCUUAGCUGAGCUAGCUGAGACUGUAAGUAAGACCUAGGCUAAAAGUAAAAAGAGAGCAUUACUAACGUCAAGAAUGGCGCAUUCAUCGAAAGGGAAACUCGUAGCUGUAAUUGGCGAUGAAGAUACAUGCACAGGAUUCCUUCUUGGGGGUAUUGGGGAAAUCAAUAACAAGAGACAGCCAAACUUCAUGGUAGUUGAGAAGGAAACUGCAGUUCAUGAGAUUGAAGAGAGCUUCAAGAACUUUGUUGCACGCAAUGAUAUUGCAAUCAUCCUCAUCAACCAGAACAUUGCUGAGCAUAUACGUCAUCUGUUAGAUAAUCACACUGAUCCAGUUCCAUCUGUACUUGAGAUCCCAUCCAAAGACAGUCCUUAUGAUCCUAGCAAAGACUCAAUUCUUAGAAGAGCUAAGGGUAUGUUCAGCCCUGAGGAUUUCCGCUGAUGUCAUCGGAACAAUAUUUCUCUCUUCUCAUUCCAUAUAAGUAUAUAGAUAUAUAUAUGAUACAUGUUACUGGGUGAUAAUAGUUAUAAUGGUGAAGAUUUGUUUUAUGCAAUGUGUCCCAUGGUUUUUUCCACCAAUGAAUAGUAAUUCUUCGUGCAAAUAUAUACGGGCAUGCUCCUGCUAAAUACCUUCUUGUACCAGAUUCAUCCAAUCAAAGUUUUCAAUUGUACUGCUAUCCUUUACAUUUUGGAGACUAAACUAUUUUGAUACAGAUAGAUACUGUUCAUGUGAAUAAAAAAAAAAUACAAUGCACCUCCAAACUGAAUCAUUGCUUUUCUUUUGAAAUUUCUGUCUGUAUUUCAUUUUCAUUAUUAUGAAUAUUGAAUAAAGAAAUGUGGUACACAUUACACAUAAUCAAUAAGAACUGUAAUACUCCCUACUUCAACUUCACCUUUUCUUUUGUUUUCUGUAGGUUAGAUAGAUGCUGUAUUAUCAUUUCUUUCGUAUAGUUUGCCAGUUUUAGAUUAAAAUAGUAGUUUUUGUAAACUCCAUAGUGUUAAAUAUAUAUGAAAAAAUAUUUAUAUAUCCAACAAUUUUAUUAAGUAUAUGAUGAUUUAUCUGAUGUAUGUGUAUCAAUAAUUUGCAUUUUAAGGGGAAGUCCACACCCAUGUUGACGUCCAGUUGGUUCCAAGUUCAACAAAAGAAAAAAAAGAAAAUUUUCAGUAAUACAUGAAAACUCACCCAAAGAUAAGUCUUUGAUUUUGAAUUAACUCUUUGUGAUGUCGCUUGCUGUCCUCCCAUAUGUUGUGUACUACAAAUUCAAGGUAAUGUCACAUUUUCAGUUUAAAAAAAAUUCUAGCUGUGCAUUAGCUAUCAAAUUUUGCUUUUUUAAUACAUGCCUUUUUUAAAACAAAUCUUUUGAUUGAUCAACAUAAUGGGAGCAGCUUCAAAAUUACACUGCAGAAUGAAUUAGAAUUUAACGAAUCCACAACUCUGAUAUUCAUUAAUUUAUUUUCACCAAACCUUCACUUUUCUUUUUUUAUCAAAAUCACUUGAUUGACAUCAGGGUGAACUUUCCCUGCUUAAGAUCAUUCAUGAGUUAUCAUCUUAUGUCAUUUGAGGAUAAUAUUACUAAACAUCCUAAUUAAAGCAUUAAAAGCAAUAUAUUUAAGAUUACUGUAAAUUCAUAUACUUUAUUGUAGAUCACUACAGUUGAUUAAGAUUGAAUGGUUUGCUACAUGUACAUACCAGCACAUGUCAGCUUUUGAAAUGCAGGUACACGAUUUGUUGCUUGUAUGCAUACACUUCAUUGGUGCUUACUGAAAAUAUAUUUCCAAGGAUAUAAAAAUAUAUCUGUAUAGACCUAUUGUGUGCAAAUUUACAUGUAUCACUUAGAAAGUGGAAUCAAACUUCAUUUGAUUUUUGUAUUUUUGAUGAAUUUGAUAAUUAUCUUCAAAUUAAUAAUAAUCAAAAUAUCCACAGAGUAGGAGGCAAAUAAUUUUUAUGUAUUUUUUUUAUUUAUAAAGAUUUUGACAUUCUACAAAGAAUCAUAAAAAUAUGGUGAUUUGUUUUUAAUGACUGUUUACAUCAAUUUUGAUAUUUUGGAAAAAAAUGAACAAUGUGGGAAAGAAUAAAGCUUAUGUUAUCCUUAUAUUGUCUUUAAUGGUUCCAUUUUCAUAUUUUGUUGGCCUUUUUUAUUGAGACAAAGUGACCAUACAUUUUGGUUUGGUAUGGGUUUUCCUAUGAAGAGCAAUAUUGUACAAAAUAUCUGGGAUGAAAAUGAAACAAAAUUUACACAAACUUCGCUUUUAUUGCAUUAUUAUCUUCAAUUAUAUUCUGAAAAACAUUUUAGAACAACAAAUCACUCCGAAUCCUUCAAUUGUUAUGGAAAUGCCCAAAUCACUGUUUUCCACACCACGUGACUGAAUUCUGAAGGCAUUCUCACUCAAUCUGUUCUUAUUAAUUAAGUUAGUAAACAUCAAAGGGAAUAUAAAAGUUGCCAAUUUGAAGAAUGAAAGACGAUUUUUAGAAAGGGUUAAGCAAUACUCCUUUUUGUCUCACCUGCAUAGCAGUGUGAGACUAUAGGCGCCGCUUUUCCGGUGGCGGCGGCAUCAACACCAAAUCUUAACCUAAGGUUAAGUUUUUGAAAUGACAGCAUAAAAAAGUAUAUGGACCUAGUUCAUGAAACUUGGCCAUAAGGUUAAUCAAGUAUUACUGAACAUCCUGCCUGAGAUUCAUGUCACAUGACAAAGGUCAUUUAAGGUCAAUGAACUUAGACCAUGUUGGGGGAAUCAACAUCAAAAUCUUAACAUAAGGUUAAGUUUUUGAAAUGUCAUCAUAACUUAGAAAAUAUAUGGACCUAGUUCAUGAAACUUGGACAUAAGGUUAAUCAAGUAUCACUGAACAUCCUGCAUGAGUUUCACGUCACAUGACCAAGAUCAAAGGUCAUUUAGGGUCAAUGAACUUUGGCCGAAUUGGGGGUAUCUGUUGAAUUACCAUCAUAACUUUGAAAGUUUAUGGAUCUGAUUCAUGAAACUUGGACAUAAUAGUAAUCAAGUAUCACUGAACAUCCUGUGCAAGUUUCAGGUCACAUGACUAAGGUCAAAGGUCAUUUAGGGUCAAUGAACGUUGGCCAAAUUGGGGGUAUUUGUUGAAUUACCAUCCUAACUUUGAAAGUAUAUUGGUCUAGUUCAUUAAACUUGGACAUAAGAGUAAUCAAGUAUCACUGAACAUCCUGUGCGCAUUUCAGGUCACAUGACCAAGGUCAAUGAACUUUGGCCGAAUGGGGGUAUCUGUUGAAUUACCAUCAUAACUUUGAAAGUUUAUAGAUCUGAUUCAUGAAACUUGGACAUAAGAGUAGUCAAGUAUCACUGCACAUCCUGUGCGAGUUAUAGUAGGUUUCAAAGUCAGCACUGCUGCUAUAUUGAAUUGCGUGAUGCAGGUGAGACCGCCAGAGGCAUUCCACUUGUUUAUCUUUUUUUCCUACCAAAGUUUGUGUUGUUGUUGGAUUGAAUGUAGUGAACCAGAAACUUGUCAUCUACCAGUACUUGUGAAAUAGAUAUGUUCAGGCUCCAAAUAAUAAAAUUGUGUAAAUUUAAUGAGAGUGCUUUUAAAAUAGAUCAAUGUAUGAGUUGUAAUUUUGUUUUAUUUUUUAUACCCCCCGUCCUAUACGGGACGUAUGAUGGUAUCACGCUCGAUGUCCUGUCUGUCCAUCCAUCUGUUAACUUUUCCUUUUAAAUGCGAUAACUUAACCUAGGCUCAUAUAAUUUGGUGUGUAUGAUACUAGCAUGGAUCCAAGGAAGCCUAUUCAAUAGGCUUCCUUGGAUCCAUGCUUUGAACUUUUGAGGUCAAAAGGUCAAGGUCACAGGGACAUGUUUUCAUCUUACCCUUCUGCAAUCCUUGUAAACUUGAUAUUCUAGCUAGGCUCAUAUAAUUUAGUGUGUACUAGCAUGAAUCCCAGGAAGACUAUUGAUUUUGAGGUCCAAAGGUCAAGUUCACAGUGACAUGUUUUCAUCUUACCCUUCUGCAAUCCUUGUAAACGCAAUAACAUUAGUUUAACUUAACCUAGGCUCAUAUAAUUUGGUGUGUAUGAUACUAGCAUGGAUCCCAGGAAGUCUAUUGAUUUUGAGGUCAAGAGGUCAAGGUCACAGUCACAUGUUUUCAUCUUGCCCUUCUGCAGUCCUUGUAAACGCAAUAACUUAAGUUUAACUUAACCUAGGCUCAUAUAAUUUGGUGUGUAUGAUACUAGCAUAGAUCCCAGGAAUUCUAUUGAUUUUGAGAUCAGAAGGUCAAAGGUGAAGUCGUCACCUUCCACUUUUCUUGCUUGACCAAUAACUCCAUUUCCCGUGUUACAGGCAGGCGUAUUAUGUGCUCGCCUUAGCAACACUGUAUUUAUAGUUCAUGUGAGUCUUUGGUUUUUCACAUCUUAGCAGCUUUAUUUCUACAACACAAUGGCUGGAAUUCACAAAGGUGGUUUUGAAACGGUGAUUUGAAACCACAGUUAAUACAAAUUUCAUGCAUUGAAUAAGCUAAUUUUAGCACAUAAGAAAUGAAGAAAGCUCUAGUAGUGAAUGCACACAUUUAUCAAAGGGCACUAAAUUGAUGUGUGUUACUAAGGUUGCAUCAUUAAUGAGACCGUUACUUUUUAUUGAUGAUUCCACUGUUUAUUACAUAAACGGUGGGUUCAUCAAAACAGUAUCCUUAGUGACAGGCAUGAAUUUAGCUCCUUGUAAUAAAAUCACAACUCCAUAUAUACAUCACACUGAAAAAGCGUAAUCGGUGCAUGAAAUCAGGAAUCAUGGUUUCAAACUAUGGUUUCAAAAUUACCUUUUCAAUUGUAGGCAAAUCAGUUUGUAAAAUGAACAAUUCUUCAUCUUUGGGAACCUCACGACAUUUAUUUUUCGUCAUUUGGUAUAUCUAUUCCUUGUUGAUAUGAAUAUAUAGUCGCAAAGGAUAUUAUGAGUUGCAUGCUAUAUUAAUAAAAAUAAAUCUACAAUUACGUUGUAUUGCCCAUUUUGAUGGCUGAUACAUGGAGUAUGUUUGAAAUAGCCUCUACCCCCUCUCUCUCUUCCUGUCCAGUCCUAUUUUCAAAUGCAUUAUUACAUGCAUUUUUAUUAAUCAAUGGUACUGAAAGUUAUACUGUUAUAAAAUGUUUUAUAUUUGUAUUUGAAUGUCAGUAAAACUAAAGAAAUUAUUGAA